AAAAAAAAAAAAAAAAAAAAAAAAAAAGAAGGGUCCCAAUUUCCUCUGGAGCAAAGUAAUAACAAUGGCCGACGACACGCAGUCCCGCGGCAAAGACUUCAUUAUCAAACACAUGAACGCCGACCACCAACGGUCUCUCUCUCUCUACCUACAAGUCUACUGCUCCGUCUCCUCCAGGGCCUCCCAACCCCCGAAACUAGAGGACAUCCGCCUUACGGACCUAGUGAUCAGCGCCCAGGGCACCCGCUACACCAUCCCCUUCCACCCCCCGCUGAACAGCCUAGCGGAGACCCGCGGCCGCGUCGUCGCCAUGCACAAGGAGUGUCUCCAGCGCCUCGGUCUCUCGGACAUCGUCAUCAAAGAAUACCGCGGGCCGCGGGGGGUCCAGCUCGCGGUUUUCACAUGCUGUCUCGCCGCCUAUGUGGUGUACGCCCGCCGCGCCAAUUUCCUACCAGGGUCUCUGUUCUACGAAAUGGCUGGGCUGCGUCGAUUCCCUGGGGUGGCGGGAUUGAAUUACCAGUAUGCGCCGCGGAUUUGGUGGACUCUUGCCGUGGCGCAUUCAUUCGAAGCCCUUGGGUUACUGGCGGGGAUGAGGUUGAGAAAGCAUGGGGUGCCCCUGUUUUCGGGGUUGUGGUGGGCUUGGGUGUUGAGUGGGGUGAUUGAGGGGUUUACAGCGUGGAAUCGGUUUGAUCAGUUGGUGAAGGAGAAGAAGAGGGAAGGGAUACUGUAGACUCCGUAACUAUACGGAGUGGACUCUGCACCUAGUAGGUAACUACUAGUUAAUGUACGUAGUUAGUUACGGAGUAGUCAAAUGUAGCCUGAGAUACAAGGCAGGAAUAUUCC